AUGCCCACUCAGCCCCGGAGGGGUGCCCGGGCACGGCUGUGCCACGACCGCGGGCUGUGCCACGACCGCGGCCGCCUUGGCCUCACCGGCUCUUGCCAGCAGACAAACCGCCCCUUGCCACGCCGCCCCCCGGGCCGGCCGGCGGGGCCCCCCGCCCACGGGCCGGCCCCGGAGCCCCCCGGAGCCCCCGCGGAGGAGCAGGGCGGCAUCCCCAUCCCCAGCGCCGGCCUGCUGCAGGUCACCGAGCGCAGACAGCCCCUGAGCAGCGUCUCCUCGCUGGAGGUGCACUUCGACCUGCUGGACCUGACCGAGCUGACCGACAUGUCGGACCAAGAGCUGGCCGAGGUCUUCGCCGACUCCGACGAGGAGAACGCAACCGGAGAGUCGCCCAGCGGGCUGCAGCCGCAGGCAGUGCCGCGGGCUGGGUACCUGCGCUCGCCCUCCUGGACGCGAGCGCGGGAGCAAGGUCGGGAGAAGAAGCACCUCAGCGACCCGGAGCUGCCGCCGGGACCCCCGGACGCCUUCCUGCCUGCUGAGCGGCCGCGGGAGCCCUAG